GCGGGCCCGGCGGCUUCCAGCCCGCGCCCCGCGGUGGCGGCGGCGGCGGCGGCGGUGGCGAGCAGGAGACGCAGGAGCUGGCCUCGAAGCGGCUGGACAUCCAGAACAAGCGCUUUUACCUAGACGUGAAGCAGAACGCCAAGGGCCGCUUCCUCAAGAUUGCCGAGGUGGGCGCGGGUGGCUCCAAGAGCCGCCUCACGCUAUCCAUGGCGGUGGCCGCCGAGUUCCGCGACUCGCUGGGCGACUUCAUCGAGCACUACGCGCAGCUGGGCCCCAGCAGCCCCGAGCAGCUGGCGGCGGGCGCCGAGGAGGGCGGCGGGCCGCGGCGCGCGCUCAAGAGCGAGUUCCUGGUGCGCGAGAACCGCAAAUACUACCUGGACCUCAAGGAGAACCAGCGCGGCCGCUUCCUGCGCAUCCGCCAGACAGUCAACCGCGGCGGCUUCGGCGGCGGCCCCGGGCCCGGCGGCCUGCAGAGCGGCCAGACCAUCGCGCUGCCCGCGCAGGGCCUCAUCGAGUUCCGCGACGCGCUCGCCAAGCUCAUCGACGACUACGGAGGCGAAGACGACGAGCUGGCGGGCGGCCCGGGAGGCAGCGCCGGCGGCCCCGGGGGCGGCCUGUAUGGAGAGCUCCCGGAGGGCACCUCCAUCACGGUGGACUCCAAGCGCUUCUUCUUCGACGUGGGCUGCAACAAGUAUGGGGUGUUCCUGCGAGUGAGCGAGGUGAAGCCGUCCUACCGCAAUGCCAUCACCGUGCCCUUCAAGGCCUGGGGCAAGUUUGGAGGCGCCUUCUGCCGGUAUGCAGAUGAGAUGAAAGAAAUCCAGGAGCGACAGAGGGAUAAGCUUUAUGAGCGCCGAGGUGGAGGCAGCGGCGGCGGCGAGGAGUCGGAGGGGGAGGAAGUGGACGAAGAUUGAAGGGCAGCUUCCCGUGCCGGCCUCCCUCACCCUACCACCACCCCUUUGGCUAGAGAGUUCCCCUUCCUACUCGUCCCCAGUGAGCUAGUGAAGAGGGAGCAGGGGAGGCCGCCGAGGGCGAAAAUAAAAAAAUAAUAUAGUUAAGAGGAAUAACCAUAAGAAACAGUCACAGACAAUUAGAGAAAAGCAGUAAAGUUCCAAGGAACUGCCAGCAACCUGCAAAGAGGACAGCAGCGUCUUCUCAUCUGCGAAAGAGUCUCAGCUUCUGUUUCCCAACCGAGGUUUGUAAAUUCAUCAGGAUAACCCUGGAGGGGAUAGAUCUUCGAACGUCUGGGACAAAAACCACUUCUGAAUUACCCAGACUCAUCUAUUGAUAAUAAUUGAGUUUGUGUUGUAGACCUGGGUAAGCUGGUAUUCUGAUCUCUCCAGGCCUCUCCGUUGCAGCAUCUAUCCCUUCACCUCCAUUGAAAUCAGCAUUUUGGAUCUAGGUCUGAAUGGAAUCCUUGAGAAGAAAGAGGCCUUUGCAGUUACCCAGUUCUGAGGGUAAAGGUUUAUGAAAGGGAAUGCAACUUGACACAAUCAUGGACAGGGCAAAAUAAGAAUUCAAGAAGACAUCGGAGAAUUCAGAAACAAAUUGGAUCCAUUUUUAAAAAAUGGUUUUGCAUGGAACCUGGAUCAAGGCCCCUGUCUUUUCUUUACAGAAUUGUUUUCCGGGAUGCAAAUGAAUUCAGAUAUCAAAGCUUGAACUAGAAUCCAUUACUCAAAUCGUUUAAAAAUUGACAAAAGUUUUUUUCAAAAAGAAAAGCAAUUUUACAAUGGGGAUUGCUGAGGUAGGCACAAGAAGUCAGGCAUAAAGCACAAGGCGGACUGUUUGAGUGGAUUAGUUGCUGCUCACUAAAGUUCUUCCUUCGAUCUCUAAGUGUGGAGGUCAUUACCAAGAAAUGGCUUAGGUAUGAGUGAGCCGAUCCCUGUGGCUCCACUGUAUGAGCCGAUGAAUUACGGCUAAUUCGGCUGUUACGGCCACUGGUUGGCUGCAUUUUAAACCUUAAAACUUGACUAUCUGCAAAAAGGAACAGUGUGGCUAAAAGCCUGAGCUUUAAUGGAAUAUACAUCCUCACAGAGAAGUUGGAAAUAGCCAGAACUGAAGUCUUAAUUUACCUUCAGUUUCAUCUGUGGAUUUAUUCAAACACUAAAGAUCCUCAGGUCCAGAAUUCCAGCAUCAUUUAUUUUAAAAAUUUCUAAGAACUUGAUCCAUUGUAUUCAGUACCUCACAAUCAAAGUUGGCAAAUGAUGGAUGAGUGAUUCAAGCAGUGCACCCGGGGGAAGCUGAAUACAUCUGUGAAUGGAACUUAAGUGAGCGCGAAUGCUGACUAUAUCCUGGAAGCAUUUUUAUACCAUCUUGAAAUUUCAACAAACUGGCAUUUGCCAGUUCAUCCAGCUGUCUUUCAAGAAUAAAAGUUGGGGUUUUCAAGGAUCGCCUCUUCUAUAUUUUAAAUGGAUUUUCAGUAGAAAUGAUUUUUACUAAUCAAGUUAAUCCCACCCCAUCAAAAGGUAUUCCUAGAAAUGUCAUAGACCUAGGUAACUUUGAAUUGAAUGGGAGCUAAAUGUUCUUUCCAAAGUUUUCAGGCAUCUGUGUGACACCUUCUCAACCGGGAGGCAAGUAACCCCACCUCCACGAUCUUAGUAUUUUUUUUAACUGCAUGCCUGCCCUUUAUUUGAGCUGCCUUUUUAAUUUAUUGCAUAUCCUUUUUAUUAUCUUAUUUUGGUAUUAUUCAAUCUAUACAAUCUUUUUGUAUUUAUUGGGAAAUAAGUAAUAUACAAAAAGGUCAUUUUCGUGUAUUUGUGGCUGAGAGGGAGGGAAAUAUUUGUGUAUAUAAAAUUAGGCUUUUUAAAAAAAUAGACUGAUUCAGAAUCUUCUUGAUCUUAGAUCUAAAAAUGGAAGAGCCACACACAUUGGUGCCCUUAGACUAUUUCUCUACUCAUCAUCCACAGUAGAAUUUUUAAACAAGUUUUUUUUUAAAGCUUUUCUUUAAAAUUUUUCUCCGUUGCAAAGAAUGUUUCCUAAAUUGUAUGGGAGCAAUAGUAUUUUUGAUGUUUUAAUGACAUCCGUAUACUUGUACUGUAUUUUGUACUACAAGGCAGCUGUUUUCAAUAAUGUCCUGCUGUAUUUACCUAUGUGUUUUGAGUGUUUAUUUCUUUGCUGCGGAGAACAAAUUCCUACUUUUAGUAAAGGAACUGAGAAGCUAGCAUUAGGUUUGCAGAAACUGUUUCUAAGUUUCCAACUGAGGCAGCAAUGAAAAUUAAGGUCGCAGCUAUUAGUAGUUGAUUGCUGUACCUCUUUCGUUUUCAAAUCCUGUACGAUUCCUGUAUAGACCAACUUGUUUUCUUGCUUCAGUGGUGGUUCUGUUGCUCAGCUGCAGUGAGCCAGUUCAAUUUUGCAAAGGUGCAGUACCUCUCCUUUUCAAGGGGUUGGUUUAUUUUUCUUUCUUUUUAUUUGGCUGAAUUGCAGUAACUAGCCUUGCCUUUCUAUUCUGUAGAAAUGACAGGGUCUUCACAAUCCUUCACCAGUGGCUACUAAGCUAUAAUUAGCUGAAUAGAAAGAAUGUGGAAGUGGUCUGAGGCAUAUAGAGUAUAUGCCAAGAACACUACCAUAUAUGGCAUCAGCUUUGGUUACCAGAGACAUUUUCUUAGUCAUUAGACCAUAUAACAGUAAUAUAUCAUAUGUAAAUCUUUAGAUAACAAUUUGAGAAUCCUCCAAAAAAAGGAGCUAAGAAUGCAUAAGCUAUGUGUUGGCAAAAGUAAUUUAUAUUAAAAUUUUGACCUGCCUUUGUAAGAUUAAGUGGUAAAUAUCAUAGUGGUGGGUUUUUAAGUCUUAACCAAUCUCUAAGGUUUAUUUCUCCUGCAGGGGGUGGUUCAUGGCCUCUCUUCCCACUGUAGGAAUACUGCAGAAGGAUGUGGAUUAAUUGUAGCAUUUCUCUGAUCCUCAUUCCAGUGACUAGGGACAAUAGAAAUCUGCAUGGAGAUUCAUUCUUAAAUGUUAGCUUGUUAAAGGAAUUGGUCUUUGUUCAUUUCUGUCAGAAAAUGGCAUUGUACAAAUUAUGGGAAACAACCAACUUUCCUGUUUUGUUUUCUAAGUGCUACUGUGAACGAUUUAGAGUUGUAUUUUUUUUUUUCUUUUUAAAUUUGGCAAAUAUCCCAGCUAAUGAAAAUAGUUACAUUCCAGAGAAGUAGGGAACUAAAACUCCAUUUCAAAUCAAUGCUAAAUUUUUUGUCAAACUACUGUAUACAGAAAUGUGUUUUUAAGAAUAGAAUCAAAAAGAGGAAAAAAAAAAAUCUAUGCAGAGACUCUACCACAAUUUUCUGGUUUCUAUUGUCCCUACA